AUGGUAAACCCCACCCCGGGUUUCCACCUUGCCCCGCACUGUCCCGGGGCACUCCCGCCCCGGUUAGCGGCGCUCCAGUGCGCCAAGGGCCCCGGGGGUAUCAGGCAAAGGGGCCCCCCAAAACCCAACCCCCAAAACCUCCCCCCGACGACCCCUUCUGGGGUCUCCACUUCCCACAAGUGCCCCGCUUUGCACCAGCUGGGACCCUUUAGGUCCCUUUUGGGGAGUUGCUACCAAAACCCAACUCUUGGAAGCAAGGGCACAUCUUCAGGGGCACCCUCCCCCAGCCUCCGUCCAAGGGGAAAACCACCCUUUCUCUGCGUUUUAGGGGUCAAAGGGCCCCCCAACAUUUGCUCGUCCGGGUCGGGCCCCAAAAACACGGGAGCCCUGCCGGGACCGUGUUUCCCACCCCCAAAACGGCCCCACUGGCCCCCUUUAGCUGCACCAAUGCCCCGAGACACCACACAGUCUCUUUUUGGGGGGCGGGCGUAA